AUGGCUGAUCUUAGUGCCUCCUCGGACACCUACAGUGUCGAUUCCGAGGUUAUGAAGCAGUUCGAGCUUAAGUCGAACAUGUCGAACCUGCACAUCGGCAUUACGACGAACGACGUCGUCAUCAAGCGAAUAUUCCGCGCACUGCUGGAGCCCAUCAUCCUGUUCGGCGAGGGGAACUACGAGCGCCGAGAACGGCUGAAGAAGCUGCUGCUGAGCAAGUACGACGAGCACUUCAGAGGGAAGGAGGUCGAGCUCGCAGUUUCCUCCUCGGCGGAGGCCAACAACUUCUUCGAGGUGCUGCGCAUGUUCAACAUCGACAUGUCGAACCUCUUCAGCAAGAAGGGGCGCUUCGCAGACUUCACGCCCUUCCAGUACGACAACUCGGAGACGGGCGACCGGGAGUUGUUCUACACCGAGGGCGACGACAGCGUCAAGCACUUCAGGACUUCGCUGGCGCACUACGCCUGGAGCCGGAACGUGAAGCGCAAAAUGCUCCUCCACAAGUUCAGAGCCAGCUGCGACCAGUACGAGCACAAGGACGAGGUCGAGAACUACGGCAACUUUUUGACGGAGAACCUGUCGCUGGCGUUCGCGCAGCUGGCGGCCACGAGGCCGCUGACCAUGGCCAAGUUCUCGCCGAACGCGCGCUACCUGGCCUCGAGCAGCUACAACGGCGAGAUAAGCGUCUUCGACUGCAACGACUCGAAGUACAAGCAGGUGGUAAGGCUAGCGAGCGAUUCCUCGGAGAUGGUCCACUGCUUCGACUGGAACUACAACUCGAGCCACGUGUGCUACGACCGAACACACCCGACCAGCAUCGCCGACAACGACCUCCUCCUGGUCUCUGGGGGCUCCGGGGGCUCCCUCACUCUAUGGAAGCCCUUCUCCAAGAUCAAGGACGAGGAGUUUGAGAUGCGCCAGCACACGAGCAGGUGCCACGAGUCGCGGGUGAACCGCGUGGUCUUCCACCCGUGCAACAACCUCGUGGCCUCGAGCUCCGCCGACGAGACCGUCGUCCUCUUCGACCUGGAGAAGCUGUCGGAGCUGUACGUUCAGGAGGGCCACUCGCACUCCGUCUACGGGCUCGCCAUCAACGGCGACGGGAACCUGAUCGCCUCCGGGGACGCCCACGGCGUCCUCCUCGUGUUCGACCUGAGGACUGGCCGGCACAUUUUCCAGCAGGUCGUUCACAACGCCGACGUCACUGGCGUCAGCUUCCACCCGCUCCUAUCGCACAUUUUCGCCACGAGCUCCUCCGACAACUCCGUGAAGAUCUUCGACCUCCGCAAGUUCCGUCCUAUCACUUCCCUGCUCACUCACACUAAGGUCGUGAGCGACCUGCAGUUCGAGCCUGUGUACGGGCGCUUCCUCGCGACGAGUUCCUUCGACACUCACGUGAAGAUUUGGGACACUUCGGUCUACAAGUGCCGCAAGGUUCUCACCAACGACGACACUCGCGUCAUGGGCGUCCACGUCUCUCCCGACGCCACCGCCAUAGUCUCCGCCGGCUACGACCGCACCUGGCGCCUUUUUAAGCCGAAUUCAGAAUACAAGGACGAUUCAAGCCUAUACAGACUUUUAAACUAA